CUAAGUCAAAAUCCAUUCAUCAAAACUGUAGCUCUGUGUGUCGCGUGCGUUUCGUCAUUUUCUACUAAUUUUCACGUCUAAAAUUAAGUUUACAGAUUUGCAGUAGUUAUAGCUUUUGCUUUUAGCACUGAUGACUACUAGGAGAAUAUGUAAUAUUUGCGACUUUGAUUUUCAGCUGCUAUUACAAGCACGUGGCUCGAUUCGUGCGUCAGGCACGUUUCGAACGCGUUGUUGUCGACGAUCUUUGACCUGGAUAGGGCAUUCUGUUGCGAGUUUUCUAGCCAAGCGGAUGCGCCGGAGACCGGAGACUCGCUGUCUGCCGUCUGUGAAAGUUAUUUGAGAAUUGUGCCUUUUUGAAGGACGAGGAGCCGAUCUUGGAGUGUUCGCUGGUGUAUUUGGUGGGUAGUAAGAUGUGGGACGUUGAGGACGAAGACAGCAAUUCGAAUCGGGAGGUGGACAGUGACGAGCCGGACAGUGACAUCGAGUCAUUUCUUUACGCUAGCCUGCACUACAGCGUAGGGAAAGAGGGCAUAGUGCCGGAGACGUCUCCGACUGUUGUCGCUGACGAAAGUGACGCGGACGAUGUGACGAUGUCGGGAGUCGCCACGCCGAGGAUACGUCGUACCGGUAGCUGUGUGGUGAGCGCGGAAGAAUUGAAAUGCGUCUCGAAAAGGCCCAAGAGGAAAAAAAGACGUGUAAUGGCAGCCGCUGUCGAAGAGCCGGGACCAGGCACAACGCCUAAUGUCGUCGUGUUGAGCAGUGAUGACGACGAGGUAAUAAUCUUCAGCGAAGACAGCCAGCAGAGCCUUGCUCUCAACGUGACGGAAACGCCGAGAAGAAAAGGAACCGAAUCUGGCCUGUGGCAUGUGGAUGCCGAAGACCUUUACCGCAAUAGCCGAGGUUUUCGAUAUCACAAUGCGGGCAACAUCCACUGCCGCAAGUGUGAUCAGAUGGGGCACUUGGCUAAGUACUGCCGUAAGCCAAAGUUCAAAGUGUGCUUCUACUGCUCAGACUUGGGUCAUGAUGGCGGGCGGUGUCCCCAACGGAUGUGCUCUCGUUGCUAUGAGCAAGGGCACACAGUGGCUGAGUGCAAAGAGACUUUUUUGCCUUCAUGCACCAUAUGUAACACCAAGGGCCACUCUGAUAGUCUUUGUCCUGACUUGUGGCGGCGAUACCACAUGACGACCGAGGAUGGUCCCAUUGUGCGGGUUCAACUCAAGAUGCGGCCUCCAGAAGAACGUUACUGCUACAACUGCGGUCGCCAGGGGCAUUAUGGCCACCAAUGCCACCAGAGAAAGUGUGGACGGCCAUCAACACCUUACAUCGUUUCUUACAAGGACCCAUACCUCCCUGAGAAGCCCCCACUUGUGCUGAGAGAUGCAAAACGACUGCAGCGUGCAAACAAGAAACGCAAGCGUAAGAGCGAACAGAUGAAGGGGCUACAGACAGUCGAGUGCAAUGGCCAGGCAGCACAAAACAAUGAGCAAGCCGGUUGCCAUGACCAACAGACGACCCAGCCUGAUGUGCCAGCUGCAGCAGAUACGGCGCCACCAGAGGGUAACUGCAAUGGCGAGCAAGUUUCAGAAGACGCAACACCUUCAGCAAAGCGGCGGAAGAAGGCGCCCGUCAAGACACCCAACUCCCUCAGCAAGCAAGCGCUAAAAAGGAGAAGGAUAAAAGAGAGAGCUAAGAAAAAGAAAAUGAAGCAGCAACCUAAGAGGCCUUUCCAAGGAGAAGAAAGCAGCAAAUCUUCUGUGUUCGAUAACCCUAGUUUUUACAUGCCUAACAACCACUGCUACCAAACAUACUGGGGCUACUACUGAUGAAAGCCAUCGCUUAGCCAUAUUAGUUGUGCUUAGCAUUGUUUAUACUCGUGUAACUGUCAAACAAAGUCACAGCCUUUUGCAAAACAGAGGGUAUAUCUGAAAUGCAAGGUUUGGAUCAAGACACCAGAGCAGAAGUAAUGAAAGCAGUGCUUUUUUGUCGUCAUACAUGCAGUGUUCAGUAAAAUACAUGUGGACUGUUUUUUUUGCAGGUGAUACAAAGAUAAAAGGGAUGAGGAAUGAAAUGCAAAUCAUCUGGACUGUGAUCUUGGUUUUAAUCUGUUACUUAUAUAAAAGGGGGGAAGAGCGGGGCAGCAUGGAUGUGCAUGUCAAUAAAUGGGGCAUGAUUUGUCUGCUUAAUGUGCA